GACAAUAUAAAACCCUUUGCAUAUACCAAACUAAAUAGUCUCACAAAUCUGCAAAGAUGAUCUCCAAGAAAUCUUCUAAUUAACCAACCAGUGAUCAAUUCCAUGGCAGACAUAAUUUCAAAAGUGUUUGAUGAAAAUGAAGAUUUCCGCGCUCUCACAGUAUCAGAUGACGAGUGUGCAGAGGAAUUGCAGCUCCAAGAGGUUCUUGCAGCCUCUUUUUACCAUCUUCACAUGUCAUCAUCAACAUUAAUCCAUGAAUCCCCUGAAUCAUCUCAAGGUUACUGUGAGAUUUGCAUGGACACAAAAGGAAAAGAUGAAAUGUUCAAACUCGACAACUGCUCUCAUCAUUCCUUCUGUUCCGGCUGCAUAGGCUUACAUGCCCAGUCCAAGAUUCAACAGAACAUUUUUCCUGUAACUUGCCCAGGUUUGAGAUGCCGCGCAAUAAUUGAACCUGAAACAUGUAAGUCCAUUAUUCCAGAAGAUGUUUUCGCGAGGUGGGAAGAGGGAUUGAGCGAGUCAAGUCUUCUUGCUUGCGAGAAAUUUUACUGUCCUUAUAAAAAUUGUUCAGAGCUGCUCAUUUAUGAUCAUGAUGAGGAGAUAAUUGAGUGUAUAUGUCCUUCAUGCCAACGGCUGUUCUGCGCGUCGUGUUGUGUCCCUUGGCACACUGGACUUGAUUGUGACAAGUUUCAAAAGGAAGAAAAAGACAAAGAAGAAGAUUUAAAAGUUGAGGAACUUGCUAAGAAUUCCAAAUGGAUGAAAUGCCCUCACUGCAAACACAUUGUGCAGAAGGCUGAUGGCUGUAUACACAUAACCUGCUGGUGCAAAUAUGAGUUUUGCUAUGUGUGUGGAGGAACAUGGAGUGAAGAGCAUUGGAGUUGCCAGAUUAGUUAAUGAUCAUAUCGGAUUGCCUCUUCAUACCAAUUCGGAUGAUGGAUGUUUGUUGUCCACUAGCCACAAGGCUCAGAAUUAAAAGAAGAACAAAGUCAAUUUUUGAUGUUUGUUUAGUUAGUACUAUUAUUAUGUAUAGUUAAUUUUGCUGUCGGGUCCAAGUUGUGACUUAGUGGGCAUUUGGACAUAAGAAUUGUGAAAUUUCGUAAAAAAUGAAAAAAUUUCAAGUGAAAAUGGGAUUUGAAAAUUAAAGUUGUAU